GUAUUUACUUAAGCAAUUGCAUAUUUGUGGAGAAAAUUUUCACGUUUCAUUUUUUCAUUGCCGCCAUUCCCACAAUUCACUGCGAUAAAUUUUGGCGACGGUUGAUUGAGUCAUUUAAUCUAGAUAACUACAUAUUAAGAUGAUAUUGCUGAUACACAGCAUGAAAUACAUGUAUUAUAUAUUUUAUAUCAUAUCAAAAUGUAAGAAAACGUAAGAUAUAUAUGUUAUAUUUGGUUGGCGGAAGGCUACAUUGUCCUCACAUUGAAAUAAGAUGGGAUGGCUAAAAUUUGACAGAAAUAUUUCAACAAAAUAAAACUGUCUGUAUCCUGUCGUUUCAUUCUAAACAGCAAUGGCGAACGCUGUGCGGUUCCAUCCAUAUACUGGUGAAAAUAUAGGCCUAUCUCAUGACAGCAUGGUUGCUUCUCGGACAUCAAGUUUCGCACAUGCAAUAAGCUUUAGCGACCGUCCUUUACAUCCUGGUGAAAUAUUUCUUGUUGAAAUAGAGAAAACAGAACGAGGCUGGAGUGGACAUAUGCGAAUAGGAAUUACACAGUUGAAUCCUAGCACAAAAUUCAAACUACCCCAACAUGCUUUACCAGAUUUGACAAACGGUGGAAAGUCUUGGAUUUUUGCUGUCACAAAAUCUUAUCGUCAUGAGAAACAACAAACUGAAAAUCAUACCAGCAGAGUGAUAGGUGGCACAGAGGAAUAUGUACAUACUUCUAGAGGCUCAUUCAAACGAGCAUCACUAAGACCAAAUAUUCAAUCAAGGGCAAAUAAUUGCAAUCAAGAAAUGGAAGAAUUACCAGACGAUACAGCUGAAUCAGACGAUAGUGUUGAAUUCACUGAUAGUGUUCUUCCCACUGAUGUAGGGAGCCGUAUUGGAAUUGCUUAUGUAGUUAAUAGUGAUGACGAUUUAGCAGAGUUACAUUUUAUUAUUAAUGGUGUAGACCAGGGGGCAUGUGCCACAGGUAUACCUUAUAAAGAAUGUCCAUUGUAUGCCGUGGUUGAUGUAUAUGGAACGUCAAAGCAAGUGCGGAUAAUUCAACUUUAUGGAGUGAGCAGUUUACAAAAUUUCUGUAGAGACAGGAUCUUAUGGAGCUUACGUCAGGGAGAGGAAGACAUUGAGCAUUUACCACUUCCAGCAAGACUCAAAGAUUUUCUGAGAUAUGAUUGAUACAUUUUAUCUCAUCGCAGAAGCCCAUAUUUAUUGUAAAGAGUGAUCAGCUUCUGAAUU